CUUAGUUAGCAUAGCAAUUUCGACUAUUGCUUCAAUUAGGAUUAUAGCUAGUUGUUAGGCUGUGCCUAGAGAUAAUUACUCGCUCUUUGUGUUUCCGAUAUGGCGACUACACCUAGAGCUUACGGCCUCACGAGGGCAUUACACACCCCAUCGAUAUCUUCAAGGGUCUGUUCAAGAUGUUUGCCAACACUUCGAUCGCCGAGGAAUUCGAGGGCAUUGAGCACAACGAGCGCCAGGACAUCGGUGUUGGCCGCCUUUAAGAUACCUAAGAUAACGAAUGAGCCUAAUCACCAUUACGCGAAAGGCUCGGCGCAAAGAGAAGGCCUUCUUUCCGCGAUUGCCGCCAAACAGAAUGGCUCGAUAGAUAUUCCGCUAGUAAUAGGAGGUAAAGAGAUCAAAACUUCACAAACAUCCACGCAACAUAAUCCUUCCGACCAUGCUACCGCUAUUGCGAAUUAUUCUGUUGCGAGCCCCUCCGAUGUCAACAAUGCAAUUGAGGCAGCCCUAGCCGCGAAACCAGCAUGGGAAGCCCUUCCCUUCGCCGACAGGGCCGCUGUCUUCCUCAAGGCAGCCGACUUGAUAUCUACGAAAUAUCGAUACGAAAUUAUGGCUACCACGAUACUUGGACAGGGUAAGAACGCAUGGCAGGCCGAAAUCGAUGCCGCGGCAGAGCUAUGCGACUUCUUCCGCUUCAACGUCCAAUACGCCGAAGAGCUAUAUGCCCAACAGCCCGCCCACAACUCAGCUGGCGUAUGGAACCGUACCGAAUAUCGACCACUCGAGGGUUUCGUAUACGCAGUCAGCCCCUUCAACUUCACCGCCAUCGGCGGCAACUUGGUCGGCACCCCCGCGCUCCUAGGCAACGUAGUAAUCUGGAAACCCUCCGACUCAGCCGUCGCAUCCGCAUACCUAGUCUACAAGAUCCUCCUCGAAGCCGGGUUACCAAAAGGCGUUAUCCAAUUCGUCCCCGGCAAUCCAGAAGAAGUAACCAAAACCGUCCUAGCGCACAAACAAUUCGCCGCGUUACAUUACACCGGCAGCACAGCCGUGUUCCGCAAACUAUACGGACAAAUUGGUCAGGGUAUUGCUGAGAGUCGGUAUGUCGGGUACCCGCGUAUCGUGGGUGAAACCGGGGGUAAGAAUUUCCACCUCGUGCAUUCGUCUGCGGAUAUCCAGAACGCGGUUGUGCAUACCGUGCGCGGCGCGUUUGAGUACUCCGGGCAGAAAUGUAGUGCUACGAGUCGACUUUACGUCGCGAAGUCUAUCUGGCCUACCUUUAAAUCCAAACUCGUCGAGGAAACGCAGAAACUUAAAGUCGGUGAGGCGUGGGAUCCGCAGACUUUUAUCGGUCCUGUGAUCCAUGAGCCGAGUUUUAAGAAAUUGGCUGGUGUGAUUGAUGACGCGAAGAGUGAUGACGAGUUAGAGUUACUGGUUGGAGGGAAGUAUGAUGGUGCGAAGGGGUAUUUUGUGCAUCCAACGGUUUACGAGACUAGUAACCCGGCGCAUAAGUUAUUGAGUACGGAGUUAUUCGGUCCGGUGCUCACGUUGUAUGUCUACGAUGACGCGGCGGAGAAUGGGUUCGCGGAGGCUAUUAAACUAGUUGAUGGCACGAGUGAGUAUGGACUCACUGGGUCUGUGUUCGCGACGGACCGCGCGGCGGUUCGGCAGGCGGAGGAGGGAUUGAGGAAUGCUGCGGGUAACUUUUAUGUUAAUUGUAAGAGUACCGGGGCGGUGGUUGGUCAGCAACCGUUUGGUGGUGCGAGAGCUAGUGGGACGAAUGAUAAGGCGGGAAGUGCGAAUAUUGUGAGUCGAUUUGUGAGCUUGAGGAGUAUUAAGGAGGAGUUUUUGGCGAGUGAGGAGGUUGCUUAUCCUAGUAAUGAGGUUUGAGGAGGGAGUUAAAAAGACAGGCUAUGAGUGAGUGGCAGGUUGCGUGUGCAUUUUCAUGAUAAGCGGUUAUUGAGGUUCAAUAACUGGGGGAAUCAAAUGUCUUAUGAGAUAUAG